ACCGCAAUUAAAAACUUCUGCUUGGGCGUAUCCGUCAAUACACGCACGCACCGAGAGGAGGAAGCCCACUACCGCGUCUCUCUCUCUCUCCUCCGGCUCUCGUCUUCCUCUCCUCCCCCACCGAGUCGCCGCCCCCUCGCUUUCACCCAACGCGGAAGCAAGAAUUCGUCGUCAAAUUCCCACCUUGCGCGUGUUUCUGUGGAUUUCUUUUUUUGGCCGCUUCCUUGCUCCUAUGGGCCUUUGAUCCGGAGCUUCGUGGAUCUUGGGAAGAGGAGGUGUGGUGGGCAGCCGGCGGCGAUCUGGCGGGGAGGAUAUGGCCGGCGGGAAGGAGCCGAUCGAGGUCAGGUUCCGGCUCUUCGACGGCACGGACAUCGGGCCUACCAAGUACGAUCCCUCCACCACAGUCUCCUCGCUCAAGGAGUUCAUCCUCGCUCGGUGGCCACAAGAUAAGGAUGUAGCUCCAAAAACUGUUAACGACUUGAAGCUUAUCAAUGCUGGAAGGAUAUUGGAGAAUAACCGGACACUUGCAGAGUCCCGUGUUCCAGUAGGAGAGGUCCCAGGAGGUGUAAUUACAAUGCAUGUGGUAGUGCGACCUCCACAAGCUGACAAAAAUAAGAAGCAGCUUGCCAACUCUCCCAAGCAGAACAGAUGUGGAUGCACCAUUCUCUGAUAAGACGCCUGCUUGAUGCUGUACAAUCUGUGUAGUCAUAGGAUUUUGUAUCUGCUUUGCUGUGUUCACACAAGCGUGAAUUCAUUUUGAUAUCCAAUUCUUGAAGCCAUUUGAAUCCCAGAAACAUACAUACUGAAAGUCCAUCAAAUACGAAGAUUUCUGGAGGCUGAAUUUGGAUCGCCUUGUUCUAGAGUGGAGGAUUGGAUGCUUCCUGCUGUAUAAAUUGUGUUGUCAAAACUGAAAAAGCUCCUCUUUUUUCUUUUCUGCUUUGUUGACUUUAUAUCGAUUCUUUUUAGCUCGGUUGCUUUGUCUCGUGUAACAGAAAUAUUGUACUCAGAUAUAUGUAACUUGCAAAAGGAGUAAUGUAUGGUGUUAUGGUAAAGGGGAAACAAAGAGGUGAAAAGAGCAUGGCUGUGCAAUGGUUUUACAUUUGAUUA